AUGAAGUUGUCAUCGACACAACAGAAUUUGGUACGACAAACGGCAAAUAUUUUUCGGAUUUUUGUACAAUGGGGAAGUGUUCCUUUUAUUGUGUACUUAGGAUUUCGUCAUGGAGCUGACCCACAACCAAACGGUGAAGUGAUACCGCUUUCAUUAAGUGGUCUUCUCUAUGGAUGA